UCUCCAUUCAGCCGGGACUCUUUACUGCGCAAACUCUCAUUAGAGAAGGGGGCGUGCGGGACAUCCAGAUACACAGUAACCGCAAACCGAGACCGCUCGCAACUGUCAGUCCCUCUUUUUAAGGCUAGCUUGUGAGCGUUUGAAACCAGAGGGCAAAUAUGUCGUCUUGGCAGAGCUACGUGGAUAACCUGAUGUCGGAUGGCUCGUGCCAGGACUCCGCCAUUGUUGGGUGCAACUCGGACUCUAAAUACGUGUGGGCAGCGCAGGAGGGGGGCACAUUCGUAAACAUCACGAUAAACGGCGAAGGUUUUUUCACCAACGGCCUGACCUUAGGUUCAAAGAAGUGCUCAGUUAUCCGAGACAGCCUCCUAGUCGACAAUGAUUGGACAAUGGACAUAAGGACAAAGAGUCAAGGAGGAGAAGCCACGUACAACAUCACUGUCGGCAAAGCAGCCAAAGCAAUGGUUAUUGUCAUGGGCAAGGAAGGCACCCAUGGAGGGCUGCUCAACAAGAAAGCGUAUCUCAUGGCUGAAUACCUGAGGAAAUCUGGAUAUUAAGACGCCUCCCAAUGCUAGCUGCUCAUUCUGCUAACCUUUCUAGAUGAGAUUUGCUUCAUCGUCUAUUGGUUUUCAACUCUACUUUCAUUUCGUGCUGCCCAAACCCGGUUUCUUUCCCAUAAAUGUCCAUUUAUUGUGUUCGGCCCCAUUUUGGCACUGCGAUCCCAUGACGCGUUUCAGACCAAAUGCUAGCGUGAAGACUUCAUGUCUCGUUUCUGCUUAUUCGUGAACGUUUUUGGGAGUUUAGUUGAUUAUCCAGGGCUUGAGCUAAACUCAAACUCCCAUUCCUAGAUCAAAUCUGGGAACGGUCGACUGUAUGCAUAUCUUCAAGCCUACCAAAUAAACCCUAGUUAGGCUGGACGGCAUAUUUAGUGUUUUCGGCAAAUUAAAUAUGGCGUCUGCUCUAACAAACCUCUGUUUUGUUAUUUUUUUUCUCAACCUGAAGUUUGCCGCCAUUGGCGCUGCAACAGUAACUGUAAGCGCGACACUUUCUGAAAUACCGAUUGAUAUUUUUUUCCAGAGGUCUCGAGUCGAGGCCUCGUUUAGUUGGCUUUACUGUGAUUUUUUUAUUUUAUUUUUUUGGUCUGCAGGUAGCACCCCCCCCCCCCCAUCAACCCCGCAAUUGAAUGUUUAUUGACAUUCCGUCAUCACACUUACUUUGCUAGCUUAUUCAUUAAUUGAUUAAUUUUCAAGAUUACUGCCAUUUCAGACAGUGGGUAUCAGCGGUUUGGAGUAUAGUUUGACCAAUUUUUGUCACUUCCUGGGUUAUUUACGCACUACCAUAAACGCUAACCAACAAAACACUAGCAUCUGAUCGCAGACUUCACGUCAACACUUGAAUUGAAUUGAACCCGUACUGUCAUGACUGUGGAUUAAAUUGCCUUCGAGUCGUCAGCGAUACAACUGUCUGUCAAAACUUGAUGUUUCAUCAAGUCCAAAUGUUCAAGUAUGACACUCAAAUCAUAAUGUGUAUCCUGUGCCAUAACGUAGAGAAUCUGUUGUCAUUGAAUCAAACAGCUUCCCGAAUGAUUCUGUCGCGUCUUUGUUCAGGGGUUUUUACUAUCAGCUGAAGCUCUGGCCUUGUGGGUUAUUUGUACAGGUGACUCUAGUUGAUUUCUCUCUUUCCCUGUAUUUUUUAAACAUCUUGGAUGCAGUCUGAUUUCAUAUGCAUAAACUGAGAAAUGCCAUAAAUUAAUUUCACCACCUUGUUUACAGACAGAUUAAAUAAACCUAUUCCAAUCCAGUUACUUGUCAGUUUUCUUU